AUGAUCCAAAAGCUUAUCGACAACGGAGAACUUAAGCAAUAUGUAAGGAAGGAAGAAGCAGAUGAUAGGUCAAAAAGAAGCAAGCAAGUUCAAUUGCCUGAAGGCAAUCGAACUCUGAACACCAUUUCGUGUUCGGAAGCCACAAGACCGUCUCUAACAGCGCAGAUUGGAAAAAGGCUGAGAAAACAGUUCGAAGAUUACUGCGAGCUGUACAAAAUCGAUGGGGUAAAAAUAGACGAUCAUGAGCAAUGGAUGGAUGCACCAAUAACUUUCGAGACAGACGAUGUGGAGAAAGACAUGGAGGAUCAAAAUGAUCUUUUGGUCCUCACACUGCCCAUAGCAGGGUGCAACAUCAAGAAAAUUCUCAUUGACGGAGGAAGUUCAGUCAAUGUCUUGUUCUAUGAUACGUUCAAACAGAUGGAGUUAAGCGAUGAGCAGCUGGUAUCUUCGUACCACACCAUUUAUGGAUUCAAUAGAGCUCCCACGAAACCGUUGGGGGACAUUGUUUUGCAAAUAAAUGCGGGACCAAUGAAGAUAGACACCCGUUUCAGCGUAGUAGACGCUCCUUCCCCCUACAAUGCUAUCAUCGGAAGAAGAUGGGUGCACAAGAUCAAAGGGAUAGCAUCGAAUUAUCAUCAAUGCCUUAGAUUCCCAUCACCCGAAGGGGUAAUGGAGAUCAAGGGUGACCAGGUUACUGCUCGGGAAUGCCAAGCUAUGCAAAACCAUCUCAAUAACGAGCUAGAUGAGCAACGGAAAUCCCGUAGAAGCCGGAACAAAGAAGUUACCAAGGAAAAAGCAAUUGAUCUUUACCUCGAAGGAAUCUCAGGAAAAAGGCUGACAAAUGGGGGCAACGUUCAAUGCGCUGAGGCAAGUACCUCAGCGGCCAAGGCGGUUGAGGAUCCUACCAAAUAG